AUGUUAUAUUUAUUGUUAUGGUGUAUAAAUAUAGUAAUAGCUUCAAUAAAUGGUUAUACUGAUAAGCAAAAUGUAAUUGAAGCUUUUGAAUUAAACACAAAACGAUAUCGCUCUGAUUGGAAAGAUCUCGAUACACGUCCAUUACCAGAGUGGUAUGAUAGAGCUAAAAUUGGAAUAUUUCUACAUUGGGGAGUGUUCUCUGUCCCAAGUUUUGGGUCGGAGUGGUUUUGGAGUAACUGGGUUGGAGGAAACCAAAAGUACAUAGAUUUCAUGAAUAAAAAUUAUCCACCUGGUUUUACAUAUCAAGAAUUUGCACCUAUGUUUAAAGCUGAAUUUUUUGAUCCUGACGAAUGGGCUACACUAUUUAAGAGAGCUGGAGCUAAAUACAUUGUUUUAACCAGUAAACACCAUGAAGGUUUUACAUUAUUUCCUUCAAAACGGUCAUUCAGUUGGAAUUCUGUUGAAGUUGGUCCUAAACGAGAUCUAGUAGGUGAUAUUGCUCAAUCGGUUAGGAAACAAGGAAUGAAAUUUGGUGUAUACCACUCAUUAUAUGAAUGGUAUAAUCCUAUUUACUUGGAGGACAAGCGGUCAUUGUUUUUAAAUAAAAGUUAUCCAUCAACAAAACUGUGGCCUGAUAUAAAACAACUGGUCAAUGAUUACCAGCCAUCUGUGUUGUGGUCCGAUGGCGACUGGGAGGCAUUUGAUGCUUAUUGGAAUUCAACUGACCUUUUGGCGUGGUUGUAUAAUGAUAGUCCUGUGAAAGAUGAGAUUGUAGUCAAUGAUCGUUGGGGGAUUGGGAUCCCGUGUCAUCAUGGAGAUUUUUAUAACUGCGCUGACAGGUAUAAUCCAGGAACUCUUCAACCUCAUAAGUGGGAGAAUGCAUUCACGGUGGACUCAAAAUCGUGGGGCUACAGGCGAAACAUGAACUUGUCUGAAAUACUCAGUGACAAACAGUUACUCAAAGAAAUCGUGUCUACUGUCAGCUGUGGAGGCAACGCUCUUAUCAACGUUGGUCCAACAAAGGAAGGCACCAUUGCGCCAAUAUUCCAAGAGCGUCUCUUGGCUCUUGGUGAUUGGCUUCAAGUAAACGGUGAAGCAAUUUACGAUACUUCGCCAUGGAUACGUCAGAACGAUAGCCUUAACAAUGAUGUCUGGUACACGUGCACAAAGCAACAGUAUGACGGGUUUAACCCCACAUCUAAACCAAAGGCAACAGAUGUGACGGCGAUUUUCGCGACCUUUUUCGAGUGGCCUAAAGAUGAUGUACUCAGUAUAAGGGAUGUCGUCAUUUAUCUACAUCGACAUAACACUUUGCGCGUUACCUUGUUGGGAAGUGAUAGGACAUUGAAGUGGAAGAUAGCAUCCGGCGUGGCCUACAUCGAGUUACCCAAGGAGUCUGUCAAGUCCAACGUUGGAUGGUCGCUUAAAUUUUGUAAUAUUUAA